AUGUCCGCAACCAAAUCAUAUCGUAUUGCCUCCAUCCCAGGUGACGGCAUUGGCCCCGAGGUAGUCAGCGCUACGAUCCAAGUCGUGGAGAAGCUCGCGAAAACCUUGGGCACCUUCGACAUCGAGUUUGAUCAUAUUCCGUGGGGAACUGCAUACUACAAGGAAACCGGCAAAUAUGUCUCUGAAGACUGCCUUGACACUCUCCGCAAAUACGACGCUGGUCUAUUCGGCGCUGUAGGCGCUCCAGAUGUACCCGAUCAUAUCUCUCUGUGGGGUCUCCUGCUUGCGCUUCGCGGCCCGCUGCAGUUGUACGCAAAUGUGCGGCCGGUGAAGACAUUCCCGGGAACAAAGUGCCCGCUGAACACCGCAACCAAAGGAAUCGACUGGAUGCUUGUGCGAGAGAACUCAGAGGGCGAGUAUGCUGGACAAGGAGGUCGUUCACAUGUCGGACAGCCAUGGGAAGCGGCAACCGAAGUGGCCAUCUUCACCCGCCAUGCCAUUGAGCGCAUCAUGCGCUUUGCAUUUGAGACCGCACAGUCACGACCGCGCAAGCUUUUGACCGUGGUGACAAAGAGCAACUCCAUGCGAAAUGGACUGGUUCUAUGGGAUGAGAUCGCUGCCUCUGUCGCAAAGGACUUCCCUGAUGUCACUUGGGACAAGAUGCUUGUUGACGCCAUGACCGUCCGCAUGGUUGGAAAGCCCGAUUCCAUCGAUACGAUUGUCGGAACAAAUUUGCACAUGGAUAUUUUGUCGGACUUGGCUGCUGCAUUAGCUGGCUCGAUUGGUGUGGCACCUUCGAGCAACCUGGAUCCCACGCGUAAAAACCCUUCCCUCUUCGAGCCUGUUCAUGGAAGCGCGUUCGACAUCACAGGAAAGGGUGUCGCGAACCCGGUCGCUACUUUCUGGUCAGCGGCAGAGAUGCUGAUCUGGCUUGGUGAGAAGGAUGCCGCGGCGAAGUUGAUGAGUUGUGUAGAAAAUGUUUGUUCCGCUGGGAUUUUGACACCUGAUUUGGGAGGAACUUCUAACACCCAAGGGGUAGUUGAUGCUGUUUGUGCAGAGAUUGAAAAGCUGCUCUGA